GCGCUGCGCGGGUGUGUGAGCGGGAGUGCGCGCGCGCGUCGUGGCCGGGGCUCUUGAGCAGCACGCGACCGCGUACCGUUUAACGGCAGUCAUGUCCAGACUGGAGCAGGUUCUGAUCCUCGACCCGUCGAGUGACCUCCGCUUCAGAGGACCCUUCACUGAUGUGGUGACCGCUAACCUGAAGCUGAGGAACCCGUCCGACAGAAGAGUAUGCUUCAAAGUGAAGACCACAGCUCCUCGCCGUUACUGUGUGCGGCCCAACAGCGGCGUGAUCGACCCCGGCUCCACCGUCACCGUCUCAGUCAUGCUGCAGCCCUUUGAGUACGACCCGAACGAGAAGAGCAAGCACAAGUUCAUGGUGCAGUCCAUCCUGGUGCCGGCCGGCGCGAGCGACCUGGAAGCCUUGUGGAAAGAUGCCAGACCGGACGACCUGAUGGACUCCAAGCUGCGCUGCGUGUUCGAGAUGCCCUCAGACAACGAGAAGAUGAUCGAGCCGGAGGCUGCUGUGAACGUCUCGUCAGGAGCCAGAGCCACAGACGACACCGAGAUGAAGAAACUGAUGGAGGAGUGUAAGAGACUGCAGACGGAGCUGGGGAGACUACUGGACGAGAACCACCAGCUCAAGGACGAAGGGCUGAGGAUGAGGAAGGUCAAUCAGUGUGACAGCUCUGUGUCCAGGUCUUCGGCGGUGAUGCAGAGUAAAGACACGUCCUCCAGAUCUCUGCCGUCUCUGCUGGUGGUCAUCGCUGCCAUCUUCAUCGGGUUCUUCCUCGGGAAGUUUGUCUUGUAGAGUUCAGCCGAGAGCAGAGGAAGUAAACAUGUCUGUACAGGAUCAUUCAACCGAGGCUCGUCUCUCUCUCACACACACACACACACACACACUCUCGUCUCCUCCGUCUGGGUUUCUCAGAAGUCGUCCGAGCAUCACUAGCAGCGACAGAGACCUGAAACACAAGCUGUCAGUCAGUAAAAGCAGCUGUUUGUUAAGAGUUUAAUGGGAUGUUUUAAGUGUCAUGUACAUGUUCUUUGGAUCUUUUGAGGAGCUGGGACGUAAUGCACAAACACGAGCCGAGUGUGACGAUGUCUGACCCUUCACCAACACAAACACAGACGAUUCGAAUCACUUCAUGGAGUUUUCUUUUAUGCAAAUUAUAAUAUAUUCAAUUGUGAGGCAUCUUGACUGAAUAAAUCCCGUGUGCAGUCCUGUCCCGUGGUGUUUCUAACAUGCUGAAUAAAGAAUCUAACACUC